AUGAGUCCUGAAGUUGAAAAUCACGAUAAAUGUAUUAUCGGUAGUUCAUGUGAUGUUCAAACUAAAGGUAUUGGUAUAACUCUUGACGACAUUUUACGUUAUGAAAUUAACCAAAAUGUGAAAUUGAAGAAUCAACCAUUAUUAGUGAAAAUAAGUGUUGCUUUAACAAUAAUUAUGUUUCUUUUGGGUUUAAUCAAUAGUAUUUUAUCAUUCUUAACAUUUCAAAAUGAGAAUUUAAGAAAAGUUGGAUGUGGAAUAUAUCUUUUAUCAUCUUCAAUAACUUCCCUUCUAACAAUUUCAAUGUUUACAAUCAAUUUUUGGUUUAUUCUUCUCACUCAAAUGAAUUCAUCUGUUCAUCGAGGUGGAUGUAAGUCUAUUGAACCUCUUCUCAAACUUUUUCUUUAUUUUGAUACAUGGCUUAAUGCUUGUGUGGCUAUUGAACGAGCAACUCAUGUUUAUCAAGGUGUUAAUUUUAAUAAGGAAAGGAGUAAACGUUUUGCUCGAUGGAUUAUAUUUAUCUUACCAUUUUGUAUCUCAGCUACAAUCAUUCAUGAACCUUUACAUCGCAAUGUCUUCGAAUAUCAAGUAAAAGACGACAGAGAAAAAACAAAGAUAAUACAAAUACGUAGAUGGUGUGUGAGUAAUUACUCUCGUACUGUCCAAGAUUAUAAUACAGUUAUUCUUUUCAUUCAUCUCAUUGGUCCUUUUAUUGCUAAUCUCUUUUCUGCUUUAUUCAUUAUUUUCGGAACUGCUCGACGACGAUCAGCAGCUCAGACGAAUCAAAAUUACAUGGCACAUAUUCGUGAACAAUUCCGUGAACAUAAACGAUUAGUAAUUAGUCCAGCAAUUUUACUUAUUCUAGCAAUGCCACGUUUGAUCAUUUCAUUAUUAUCCGGAUGUGUGAAGGUAUCUGAUAAGCCUUGGUUGUAUCUUUGUGCUUAUUUCAUUUCAUUUACUCCAUCGAUACUUGUCUUUGUUGUAUUUGUUGUUCCAUCAGAAUUGUACCUAAAAACACUAAAAGAAUCACUGAAAACUUGGCAACGACGAAUUCGUCACUGA